AUGGGCGGCGACGACAGACGACCGAGUCUCUCCAGCAUGGAGCAGACCAGUACCAAGGCCAAGUUGGGUGCAGUUUCGGGGGUCUAUAUCCCCGUCUGUCUCAAUAUCUUCAGCAUUCUCAUGUUUCUCCGUUUUGGCUGGAUUCUUGGUCAAGUUGGGCUUUUGGGCAUGCUUGGACUACUCGUUACGGCUUAUCUUGUAGACUUCUUGACAACGCUCUCUCUGUCUGCUAUAGCUUCAAAUGGCGAAGUUAAGGGCGGAGGCGCCUACUACGUAAUCUCGCGGUCUCUUGGCCCUGAGUUUGGCGGUUCCAUCGGGAUGCUCUUCUACCUCGCUCAGGUCCUCAAUACCGCUCUCAAUGUUGUUGGUCUCAUUGACUGCAUAAAGCUGAACGUCGGGGGGUCUUUUCCCCAAGGCUACUGGACUGUCUACAUGCUCCAAACCUUGGCUUUGCUGCUCUGUGCUGGAUUGUGCUUGGCCGGGAGCGGCAUAUUUGCCAAGGCUAGCAAUGCGCUGCUUGUCAUAUUGAGUCUCGCCAUUAUAAGCAUUCCGAUAUCUUCCGCGUUUAAGUCUCCCUUUCGAGAUGAUGGACUUGGUGUACGAUUCACCGGCUUUAGUAUCGAGACGUUGGUGGACAACUUUGCUCCCCAUACAAAAAGCGAGUCUUUCAAAGGAUUUGAAACUUUUCGAGAGGUCUUUGCCAUCCUGUUCCCAGCCACGUCAGGAAUCUUCGCAGGGGCUUCAAUGUCUGGAGAUCUGGUAAAUCCUAGCAAAGACAUCCCGAAGGGAACUCUCUGGGCGAUGAUGACCACCUUCAUUGCGUACCUGGUUGUAGUCUUCUCCAUGGCUUCCACCACAACGCAUGCUUCAUUUCUCAACAACACAAACAUUAUAUCGGUCACGAGCUUGUCUCCACCUUUGAUCCUUGCAGGAGAGUGUGCCGUCACCUUCUUCUCCGCCGUGAUGGGACUCAUUGGUGCUGCCAAGCUCAUGCAAGCCCUGGCCAGAGACAAGUUGCUGCCCGGUCUGCUGCCAUUUUCGAAAGGAACGAAGAGGGCUGAUGAACCAAUUCAAGCCAUUAUCCUCACAUAUGUGCUUGCCCAGAUCGCCAUGUUCGCCAAUUUGAACCAGAUUGCGACUUUAAUCUCCAUGGGCUAUCAGAUGACCUUCUUCGUCAUGAACCUGGCAUGUUUCCUACUCAAGAUAGGAUCAGCUCCCAACUUUCGGCCUGCAUUCAAGUUCUUCAGUUGGGAGACAGCUUUUGCUGGCAGCAUCAUGUCUGCAGCGGCCAUGUUCUUCAUCGACCAGACUUAUGCGGCUACUGCAGUCUGCUUGCUCAUCUUUCUCUUUUCCCUGAUUCACUAUCUCAGCCCACCAAAGCGAUGGGGCGACGUCUCGCAAAAUCUCAUCUACCACCAAGUGAGAAAGUACUUGCUGCGAUUGCGGCCGGAGCAUAUCAAGUUUUGGAGGCCCCAAAUCAUUCUGCUCAUCAACAAUCCUAGGAGCCAAACUCGACUGAUUCAAUUCUGCAACUCCGUAAAGAAAGGCGGUCUCUAUAUUCUCGGCCACGUCAUUGUGACGGACGAUUUCAACAGCGGCGUUCACGAAGCCAGACUUCAACAGGCAGCAUGGACAAAGUACAUCUCGGAGUUCUCCCGUAUCAAGGCCUUCGUGCAGCUUACAAUGUCCCCAACCAUUACCUGGGGUAUCCGAAACUUGAUUCUAUCGGCUGGGCUAGGGGGCAUGCGGCCAAAUAUUGCUGUCAUGGGAUUCUACAACAUGGACGAGCUGCGAGAUUCUCGACCUUCUUUCCAGGUUCCGAAAGCACCGAGCUCGUCGAACAUGAACGCCCGCCCUCAGGCCAAAGCCAAAGAGAGGCCUUCACGCAGGAGACGAGGCGACACAUCAGCGCGUCUGAUGGAAGGCAUGCUGCCUACGGAUGUGAUGAAGACAGAGGGCAUGAUGAGUGUGACCAAUUACAUGACUAUGUUGGAAGAUCUCGCUCUGAGGUACAAACUGAAUGUCGCAAUUGGCAAAGGCUUUGAAAAUCUGGAAACGCCGCGCAAGGACAAAGCCAACGUCAAGAAACAUCUCGAUCUCUGGCCGAUACAAAUGUCGGCAGAAGUUCUGUCAGAUGGGAAAAGUGUCUUGACAACCAACUUCGACACAUAUACCUUGAUUCUCCAACUAGGCUAUAUCCUCUACAGCGUUCCGACAUGGCACAAAGUAUACAAUAUUCGCGUCAUGGUGUUUGUGGAGUACGAAAGUGAAGUGGAAGAAGAAAGGGCGCGAGUCAAGGCCUUGCUAGAUAAGCUGAGGAUCGAGGCCGAGGUCAUCGUGUUUUGGCUGGCUUCCGGACACCUCAAUACGUAUGAGCUGAUCAUCAACGGCCAAAGUAACGACCUCGAGUCUCAGAUUAUGGUCCACGAUAUACUAAAGGAUGAAGAGUGGUGGGACGACCUGCAGAGGUUCCGAGGCCGUGAGCCAAAUCUGAACUCAACCGAAGAGCUUACGUCUUUCGCGAAUAUCAUCGAGUCAACCGCAGGGCGGCCUGGCGUGUUCAACCCGCAUGUAUCACUGGACGAUAUUGAAAGUGGACGGCGACCAAGUCUGGUGCACUUUGGGGAACUGCCCAGGAAGCCGACGGUUUCGAGGUUGUCCCGCCUUGGCGUCAGUGUUGGAAUUCAUACGUCUCACUUGGGAGAUGAGGUUUUUGAAGACGCCUCUGGCUCCGACGGUGAGAUGAGUGAUCAAGAACAACAACCAUCUUGCCUUGAUUCCGAUUCUGAAUUUGAACCUGGCAGCAGUGACUACAGCGAGGACGAGAUGCCAGAGGUCGACGCUCCCAGGCGGCCGUUGUUACUUGGGCGAGGACGAGGGCGAAGCCAGAGCGACGACCUACUCACGAGUCCAUCGAAACAAAAAAGGAGCAAAUCGAAUAAGAGCGCUGCACCGGCAGCAUCAUACGGCACGAUGGUGUCACAAGCUCGUUCUGAAGGUCAGGCGGGCCCAAGCCACGUGGGAAGGGGCGAAAACGUGUCAGCGCCUCCAACUCCGCUGGAACGACCUGUGCUUGAUCGAAACAUAUCUGCUCGUUCCAUGGGCGGGUUUCGGUCGGCGGGUAUCAACACUUACGAUGCGACCUCGGGAAGUGUAUCAGGGAAAGCAACCCCAGCAACGAGACCAACGCUCUCUCGACAAUCAUCAGCAGUGAGGUUCUCAAGUCGUCCAAUGCCGGAGACCAGAACCGAUGUGGAGGGUGCGUCUGGUCCGACAAUCAUGUUUGCAGACACCACCGAGGAAGAGACGCCGCGGGCGGAACAACCCGCAUUCUCAAGACAGUCCUCCGCAGGACGGUUCUCCAGUCGGCCUGUGCCCGAGAUGACGGUGACGGCGGCUGAAGAGUUCGAGCCGAAUAGUACGUUUGCGGAACUCUCGUGCAGAUCACGCAAAGCUUCGGUCGCGUCUACUGCAGAUCUAGGCGACGUCCACAUGAACAUGGCGGAACUUGUGGGACGCUACAGAUUAGACUCGAGACCCGACGCAGACGGGCCCGGCUCGCCCUACUCGACGCAAGGCAUCUCGCUCUCGUUCAACGAUUUGCCAUCGCGAGCGCAGCAUGUCAUCCUCAAUGAGCUGAUGCGGCAAAACAGCAAAGAUACAGCCGUCAUGUUCACCACGUUGCCCGUGCCCACGGAGGGGACUUGCCAGGAUGAGCUGGCGAGCGUGCAGUAUCUAUCGGACGUUGAAGUCCUCUGCCACGAGCUCCCUCCCGUCAUUCUGAACUCGUGGUGGGGCAAUGUCUCAAAUCCUGCGAGGGAGAACAUCCAUGAUAAGACGGCUUAUGUCGGGGAUCAUCACCCGGAACAAAGGCAUGUGGUGGUAAACUCUUUUGGGGCCGGCCACAUUCCUCACCUUUACAAAGAGUUUCCCUCGACGGUGCAUAAGCAGCUUGAACUCUCGCCAUCCAGGUUUUUCUUCCCCUACCUCGGAUGUCUGUCAAGAGGAGUGGUUUUCAUGGAAGCCUCUUUUGAAGCCAUGGACAUUAAACACCCAACCCCGCCGGCAUUGCCUUCCUCAUGGACAAUCCCUCAAACAGUCAACAUGAAUGAUCAUGGAAGGAAAUCGACUUGGACCACGCAAUUGUCGCCGUACCUGAAAGGCCUCAAGAUAAAGAACCUCAUGACGUCUCCUAAAUCACCAAAGUCACCCAAAUCCCCAAAGUCGCCAAGGUUUCCACUUUCACCCAAAUCGCCGAGAUUCCCUCUAUCACCCAAAUCACCCAGAACGCUACCGCCAAAGCUUCUCGACGAGGACUCGUCAUUUCGAAUUAUACAUACGCCUGACAGGCCGGAACGACCGAUAUCAAAACGGGCCAUUCCGAAUGACGAACAGUGCAUGGCAUUCCUUAUGUCUUUGCAGAGACAAGAAGAACACAAGAGGGGAGGCGUCAAGACGGGCCUCAAGAUGUGGCCGUACCCGGACGAGCAGGAGGCCGAGGACCGUAGGUAUCUGCGGAGCGUGAGGGUCGAAAGUGUGCACUUGGAGGAAGCUCGUCUCGCGAGAACAAAUUCCUCCGGCCCGGCCAAGGUUGUGGAAGUGGGCAGAAGCUCGACCAAGUCGACGAUGGCAUCACGGCGAUCAUACCACACCAGCACACCCAGUGUUAGUGACGCAGGGGACGUCGAAGAAAAGCCCCGAUGCGGUCUUACAGUGGCCGUCGGUGUUGCCCCCCUCUCUCCACCGCCGACUGUGCCCCGCAGUCAAUCAAGGCUAAGCUUUCACACGCCAAAAGCCAAUACAUCUCGCUGGUCCGAUGACAGCAUCGAGUCCCUCUUCUCGUCGAGAGACAUGGACUCGCCAUGCCCUCAGCGAGUUACUGUCCGCUCAUCCUCCGAGGCGCUGUCACCCACUGUCGUCGGGGACGAGUCUGUUGGCUCAUACUCGCCUCCCCUUCUGACGCCAGUGAAAGAUCGGCCUGCUACACCGUUCACGGACCCUUGUCUACGGGCGACAUCCGAACCGAUGACGCCUCCGCCUUCAGAUCACAUUGUUCACCAGAUGAACAUAAGCCCUGAGCCGGUGCCGCGGAAGUACUCAUGGCGCUCUUCCAAAGAUACGAUCCUCAAUACAGGGGCCCCGAUAUCAAGAUUCCAGUCGUGGCUACCAGAAGCGCGGCCGGAAGAGGAUUCCGAGGGGGGACAGCAGCAACAACAGCAACCUGAGCCGGAGGUCUACGGCGAGUGGGCGGAUUACUACUUUGAGGAUGGGAAUUUCUGGGAUGACUAUUCGGACGGCGAUGAGGAAGGAGAUGAGACUAAGGUAGAGGAAGAGGAGGAUAUCGACGCCAUCGAGAAGGAGGAGCAAGAAGUCGGCGACGAAGAAGAAGAAAAGGAGGAAGGGAACGAGGGUCAAAAGGACCGGCUUCGGGUCGACGAUGAGGAGGUUUAUCCGCGCUACGAGAGUUUUAUCAAGGAUUACAAGAACAACGUCAUGAACAUCACGGUUACGGAGGUGUGA